AUGCUGCCUUUCACCUUCAUCCUCUUCCUUCUUCCUUCCAACUGUCUCCAAGGGGGAGAUGGUGACCUCAGGCAGGAACUGAAGGAAUUAAAGACUGAAUUUGCAGUUCGCCUCUACCAGAGCUUGACAGGAAGUGGAAAUGGGACGAACUUGGUCAUCUCUCCAGCCAGUGUGUCUAUCCCUCUGGAGAUACUACAGUUUGGAGCCCGAGGAAACACCUGUUUGCAACUUGAAAGGGCCUUGGGGUAUACAGUCCAUGACAGACGGGUGCACGAUUUCCUGCGCACCGCUCAGGCAGCAGCGAGUCCAUCCGGCCCAGGGACCACCAUUCAGCUGACGUGUGCCUUUUUUGUACAAACGGGAACUCAUCUCUCCUCUCAUUUCACUGAUCACAUCUCCGUGUGGGCCAACAGCAGCCUGUCGACAACUAACUUCAGUGAACCACACAGGACAACAGCUCAGAUCAAUAGGUUUGUGGCAGAUAAGAAAGCUGGAAAUGUGUCCUUGGAAAGGAUCGAUUCGGCACUUGCUCAGAUUGCCCUGGUGAGCACCAUGUCUUUCCAGAGCAUUUGGCACAAGAGAUUCUCCUUCACGGACACCCAAGUGUUAUCCUUUACUAGCAUGGAAGGUCUCAUCCUCAGAGUGCCCAUGAUGUACCAAUCUGCUGAUGUCAACUACGGCCAAUUCCAAAUCACAACUAAGGGACAAGUUGGGGUACUUGAACUGCCUUAUCGAGGAAGCUCAGUGAGUCUGUUCCUGGUACUCCCUUGGAACAAGACAACCCCUUUGGCUCUUCUUGAGCCACACCUCACUGCCAGUGCCAUUCACAUCUGGACAAAUAGCCUAAAGAGACUAAAGAUGGAUGUUUUCCUGCCCAGGUUCAGGAUCCACAACCACUUCAACUUAAAAGAUGUUUUAAGGUCUUUGGGGAUCACAGAUCUGUUUGAUCCAUUCAAAGCUAACUUGAAAGGAAUUUCAGGCCAAGAUGACCUUUACGUUUCUGAUGCAAUCCACAAUGCCAGGAUUGAAGUUUUGGAAGAUGGCAUCAAGGCAUCUGGGACGACAGCUCUUGUGUUACUAAGAAGAUCGAAGACUCCAAUUUUUAAGGCAGAUAGGCCAUUCAUCUUUUUCCUGAGAGAAUCGAAUACAGGUAUUUAA